UGAUCGAACUGUCAUCACAAAUGUAAGCAAACAGCAACUAGAAGACUUUUGUCAGUUUAUACUGUGCACCUCCAUCGGUCGAAUAUUUAUUUAUUUUACAUUUCUUAUAAACGGAACCGUACGACGUUCAUAGCCUCUGUCGAUUAUGUGGCACAUAUUCGGAAAAUAUGAUUGAUGUUUUGAAUCGGUACCAGGAUAGACCAUCACCAGCGAGUGAGACAAGCAUUUUAGAGAUUAUACACAACUGUCUGCCAGUUCAGAUAAGUAAUUUCGAUGGUCUGCCAUCGAUGGUCUGCGAAUCCUGUUGCGAUAAAUCUAGGAAUGUGUACGCAUUCAUCCAACUGAUACUGACCACCCAGCGAAUGUUCCUUAAGAAUUUAGAUACCGUCGAUCUGAUCAAAACGAAUAAGAACAAAGUUGUGCAAAGAUUCGCACUUGACGAUACAGAGAAAUCGGGCAACGUCAGUUCGGCAGAUUAUUCAAAACCAUCGACCAAUGAUUCGUCAGUUCAGCAGGUCUUCGAGAAUCUACAAAAAACUCGAACGAACGUGACCAUAUCGAAAGUGAAAUGCUCGAAGCCAAUCCAAACUCAGCCCAGCGAGACAAUUGUUGUAGAGGAAGCGGAACCAGAACCGGACAACCAAAAAGUCGAUACAAUUACCGACAGUCAGAGUUCAGAUGUGGAUGCUAACGACGAUACAAAUCAAAUCAUCGAGUAUUAUGAGGAGUACUUGAAUGACUUCGACCAGUCCAACGAGGAGGACUUAGAAGCCAUGGAAAAAGAAUGCGACACCUCACCGCCAGUCGAACCAACAGCAGUGACGUCGUCGUUAACUGUUCAGCCAGUAAAUGCAACCACAAAAUCUUCCGGUAAACCGACCGUGGUAAAAAUGCUGUGCGAAGCAUCGUUCGUCUGCAUGACCUGUAAAAUUAAUGUGAACACAUUCGAAGAGCUGCGGAUCCACAUGAAAACGAACGUUGCGUGCAAGAAAAUUCACACCACAUGCGAAACGUGCGGAAAGUGUUGUGACAGCAAAAAGUCCCUGUACCAGCAUACGUUGACCCAUAAGCAAAAGUCGGCGUAUGUGUGCGAGGAGUGCGGGAAAGUUUACACGAAUCGAUUUAAUCUGGAAAAUCACAAAUCGUCCUUUCAUGGCGAGCAGGUCGAAGAGUACGGCAGCAUUUAUAAAUGUAAGAUUUGCGACGAUCAAUUCACGAAUCGAAAGGAUCUGUAUGAUCAUUUGAGCAAUCACCGCAAGAUGCCGUCGGUGAAUUUAUGCGAAAAUUGCGGGAAAUGUUUCGAUUUUCCGGAACAGCUUCGGUCACAUGUUCGCAUCCAUUCUGACCAUCGCCCAUUUCCUUGCACCUAUUGUGACAAACGUUUUCGAUCUCGACUCCAGCAGCUUCAACACCUACACGUACACAACGGCGAGAAACAAUUUAUUUGUCUACACUGCGGCAAAGCCUUCGCCAAACGAGGCUCACUCGUCGUUCAUUCCCGUCUUCACAGUGGCGAGACCCCAUUCGCGUGUACACAGUGCGAUGAAAAGUUUACGUCGCCCGGCAAGUUGAAAACUCAUGUCAAGUACCACAGCACAGACGAUAGAAAUAAAGACGAGUGAGGACACUACAA